AUGAGUUUUCCUAGUGGGACUUAUAUUUGAAAUCUUGGAUCUACAAGUACAGUUGAUUCGUUUAAAGGGUUUAUUUAUUGGCUUCAAACAAGGGUUGAUAAUGAAGUAAAUAGCCCAACGUCGACUCCAACAGUUGAUUGUGCUGAUAAGCAGUACUGAGACGGAACUAAUUGCAAUGACUGUAAUAAUUCAUGCCCAAAUUGGCCUUGAUGCAUUAGAAGCGACUGUUCAAUUUGCUUUUCGACAGAUUGUAGCUCUUGCACUGGGUAUUCUUUUGCAUCUUGCUCUGCAUGCACUACAGGAAUCCCUCCAUUAUGCUGUGACCAUCUAGCAAUAGAAUGCACCCAAACUUGGACAAGCACAUUAUGCAAUUUUGGAUUACCUAAUGCAGGAGUUUGCUUAUAUGGGACUCCGUAUGGAGCAUGGGAAUGUGGAGGGCACUAUUGUUUUCCAGUUUUAACAGCUGAUUUUAAUACUCCAUUUGCUGGGGUAUAUGCUUCAGAAUUGAUUACUGGUAGUAGCUCUACAAGCUAUAAUUAUUGGAAUAGCGCAGAAACGACUGAUCCAUUACCAGCUAAAAAUAGAGGCCUUUAUUUUGAUUCGAAUAAGUUUUUGAGUGGGUCUAUAAAUUUAUCUAAUACUUGAAGCAUAGGAAUUUGGGCUUAUGCUAUUUCUGGGGUUCUAAUUAGUGAUAGCACAAAUACACUUAUUUUUAGUGCUGCAGGAACUAUUUAUUUUGACUUAUUUUCUCAAUUAAUAACGAACACUUUUAUCAUUACUAACUGUGAAAACAUUUUUAUAAUAAGUCUUAAUUAAAAUUGAAGAAAAAAUUUAUUAUUCUUAUAAUUUUUAUUUCAAAAAAUAAUGUUAAAGUGUUCAAAUUAAGAUAAAUUGAUUUUUAAAGUAUUUAUAUAUAAGUUUAAUUUUCAGAAAUUUUUAUUUUACUUUGUUAUUUUCCAAAUAACGAAAAAAUACUUACUCCCCUCAAUAGCAAACAAAAACAUUGGAAAAUCCUUUUUUUCUAGUAAAACCCUGUGAGCGGACAAAAACACUUUUAUACAUAAGUGAUAAUUAUUAUAAUGAAGUCUCUUGCUAAUUCUGUUUGAUUUUAAAAUUAAAUUAAUAUUUUGCUUUCUAAUUUUUACGAAUAAAUUUCAACAAAAAAAAUUUAGCCCUUCUCUUUAGCGAACAAAAUUUUUUUGUUCGUUCACAAAGGGGGAAGUUAAUUAUAUUUAUUGCAAAGUUAGAAACUUGAGACGGUACAACAGCAAGCUACACUGUAUCGAAUCCUAUAACUUUAAAAACAUGAAGCUAUAUUUCUUGUUCAGUUGGAUUUAUUAAUAAAUCUACGACAAUAACUCCAUAUCUAAAUAUGAUAGCUGGGACAGCAGUUACAGUUGCAAAUUACGUAUUUAGGCUUCCAGCUGGUGGGCAGCUGUAUAUAGGCAAAGGCUCUCCAAAAUUCAAUGGCUUUAUAAGCUAUUUUCAGCUAUGAGGAGAAACCAUUACAGACUUUUCUACACCCUAUAAUCUUUAUGGCUUUACAGGUGGAGUGGUAUCAACCUUAUGGCCAUGUGAGUAUUCUUAUUAUUAUGAUGGAAGCAAUUGCCAACCAUGCUUAGCCUCAGGCUCUUGUACAAUGGGAUGCACUAGAGGGACAUCUUGCUACAUUUGUGAUGAUUUUUUAUGCGCCCAGUGCUCAUCUUUUUUAUCAAACAGCUGUACGCUGUGCAUUUCUAAUGCUUCUGGAUCUCCUUGCCAAUGCAAUUCUGGGUUUUAUCAGCCUGCAAGCCAAGCUCUUUGCUCUCCUUGCAAUACUAAAUGUGCUUCUUGUGUAGGUCCUUUAGAUACUUUAUGCACUUCAUGCAAUUCUGGCUAUUUUUUACUAAUUAAUAAGGUAUGUCUAAUAAACUGCCCAACAGGAUUUAUAGAGGAUUCCUCAACAAAAACUUGCACUUUUUCAUCAAGAAUUGGGCUAAGCUUAUCCCUUUACGACCAAAUAAAGCUUGAUUCAGUCUCAGGGGUGCAAGUUGGGCCUACCAGUAAUGUUUAUCCAACCUAUGAGGCAGGCGAUCCAUACCCUCAGUAUCUACAAGGGUAUUAUUUUAAAUCAUCAAGCUACAUGCAAACGAAUACUGUGAUAGGUCCAUAUUUUGCUAUAUCUAUAUGAGUAUUUCCAAUAUCUUCAGGUCCAAUUGUAACGAAAAUAGUUUCAGGGUUACAAAUCUUUUGUCUAGAACUCAAUGGCGGAUUUCCCAAACUUUCGCUUACUCUCAGUGAUUCUUCGUCACUUUCUGUUUUAUCAUCUCAAGAUAUCUUGACAAGUAGCUGGAGCUUUGUUUCAUUUACAGGAAAUAUUAACUCAAGCAGCAACACAGUGACCAUAAGCUCAUAUUUUAACUCAAUAUCUACAGGGUCAAGUACAUCUUCAACACAAACUUAUUUUCAGGACCAAAACACUGGUACUCUUUACAUCGGAAAUGCAGGCACAAGCAGUUUUGAAGGUUUUUUAUACAAUUUAAAAAUUUUUAAUUCAGCAAGUUAUUAUAUCAACGACUAUAAAACGUCAAGCUGCACUUCUCCAUGCACUCAGUGUCCUAGUGACUAUAACUGUCCUAAAACUUGCCCAUUUUUGGAGUUUUAUAAUGGAUCAGCUUGUGAAAGUUGUGCAGGAUCGUGCACGAAUGGGUGUAGAUAUAGCAGUUCUAGCGGUACAUGCACCCUUUGUAAGACUCUACAAUGUAAAACAUGUGAUUCAUUUUCUGGGUCUUGCUCAAGCUGUAUCACAAAUGCAGAAAAUGAUGGAUCAGGAGGAUGUAAAUGUAAGGCAAACACGUUUUGGAAGCCAGGUAAUUGUGAAGUUUGUGAUAUGCUUUGUUCUGUCUGCAAACAAACCAGCUAUUUUGAAUGUAGCAGCUGUACAACGGGAAGCCAGAUGGUAAAUGAUAUAUGCUUAAAUGACUGCCCUUAUGGAUAUGGAGCUUCAUGCACAGAAGUUUCAACUAAAGUUAUUGAUUUAUUCUUUGAUAUAAUUAAUUGAAUUGUAUAGGUUUUUCAUUGUGUUGUCUUAUACGAUAUUUUUCCUGAAAUAAUUAAAUCAUUGGGAAUAGUGAUUUUCAAGGUUCUUAUGGCUUUUUUACUUCUGGAACUUCUUCAAGCACUUAUCAGCAUUUUGUAUCCCCUGAGGCAGUUGAUCCUAUACCUGCAUAUAAAAGAGGUCUUUAUUUUGAUGGGAACAUGUAUUUAGAGUCUUCAUUGCCUGUUUCACUUUCUCACAGCUUUUCUACGGGUACAUGAGUCUGAGAUAUAACUGAUGACACUGUUAUAAGGAAAAAUAAGCUACAAAUAGUAUCAGAUGGAUCUAUGAGAGUAAAACUGGAAAAUAAUAUGCAAGUAGAGUCAUGAAUUUCAUUAGCACAAAGUAUUUUGCUCGCAGCUUGAAAUUACGUAUCAGUCGUAGUAGCUUACGCAUCAAGUACGACUAUUUUUGAAAUUUAUGUCAAUGGAAAUUUAGUGAACUCAUUAAGCAACCCUAAUUUGAUUUUUCGAGACCAAUCAUCUACUAAUUUGAAAUUGGGAAAAAGCAACAGCUCUGGAUUUGUUGGGUUUUUAUAUUCUUUUCAGCUGUGGAAUGUAAGAAUUAGUGAUUUUUUAAGUAUCCUUAAUGGCUUCUCAUUUUGUGGGGCUGGAUUAAAAUCUUCUUGCUUAUCAACUUGUUUAUUCUCAGCAUAUCAAAAUGGUGCUUCUUGCCUAUCUUGCAGCUCAUGCACUAAAGGAUGUGUUAGAGGAAAUUCCUGCAAUAUUUGUUAUGAUAUAUUAUGCUUAGUUUGUAUAGGGUUUGGAGCAGGAAAAUGCACUCAAUGCAUUUCUAGCGCUCAUUUGGUUUCUGGUUCAUGCUUUUGCAAUCCUGGCUAUGGGGCUUCUAUAGAUGGACUCUCAUGUGCGUUAUGUCCAAGCGAGUGCUCUCUAUGUACUAUUUCGAUUUAUAAUAAAUGCACUGCAUGCAUAUCAGGGUUUUUCUUGUUUGCCUCAACUGGACAAUGCUUAAGUGAGUGUCCAUCGGGGUAUAUUAAAAAUUCAAUCACAAAUGCAUGUGAUUAUGUAUCAAAUAUAGGAAUAAGCCUGGAUUUAACAGACCAGAUUCGUCUUGAUACGGUUUCUGGGUUCAAUGUAGGUAUUAAUAAUGCUUAUACUUAUCCAAAUUUUGAUGCUAAUGAUCCAAUUCCAGCUUAUAAAAGAGGCUACUAUUUUAAAUUCAGCAAAUAUUUAUCAUCGACUGUAAUGAUAGCGCCAUCAUUUGCAGUUUCUAUAUGAACUAAACCACUUUCAGGUGGAAUAUUGGUAACAAAGUACAUCUCGAGCGAUAUUUUUAAGAUAACUGUAGACUCAUCUGGGUUUCCAGUCCUCUCAAUAAAAUUUUCCGAUUCAACUUCUAAAACUUUAACAGCUUCUACAAGUAUUUUAAGCAGUUGGAAUUUCUUAAGCUUUACAGGCCAAGUCCAGUCUAAUGGAAAAACCAUUAUUAAUUUCUACAUCAAUGCAGUAUCUACUAGCUCUAUUACAACUACUUCUUUGACCUAUUUUAAAGAUACCAUUUUAGGCUACCUUUAUAUAGGAAAUGAUGAAACUUUUGGAACUUCAGGACUUCACGGUUUUUUAGCAAGAUUAAUAAUAUAUAACUCGUAUAGCUACCAAGCUGAUGAUUAUGCGACUUCUUCAUGUGUGACUGGUUGCUCUGCUUGUCCAUCAAAUCAUUUGUGCUUAAGUGAAUGCGAUUUCGAUAAAUACCCUGAUAGCUGUAUAGCUUGCUCUAGCUGCAUCCAAGGAUGUGUUAAUGACUUAUCAUGCAACCUUUGCAGAGAUAAAGAAUGCGAAUCAUGCACUACUUUUUCAGGAGAAUGCACAAGCUGUAUUACAAAUGCUUAUAAAUCAGCUGGUCAUUGUAUGUGUCUUGCAAAUGCAUUGUGAGUUCCCAACUUCCAAAGCUGUGAGCUUUGCCAUUCAAUUUGUGCAUCUUGCUCUACACUUAAAUUUAAUGGCUGCCUUACUUGUAUAUCAGGGUAUUAUCUGAUUCAAUCUUUGUGUAUGUCAUUUUGCCCUACUGGAUAUUUUAUAAAUGGUAGCAAUUGUAAUGCUUAUCCUGCUUAUACCAAUUUUUUUGUAUUCAAUUUGAUGCCGCAUCAAAUAAAAGAUGUCGUUACCGAUUUAAAGUCAAAUAUACCAGUACUUACAGGCAAAGAUAAUAGUUUUUAUCCUAAUUAUGAUGCAGCUGAUCCUAUAGCAACUAUUAAUAGAGGUUAUUAUUUUACUGGCUCAUCUUAUAUGCAGCUGCCUCCUUAUGCAGGUACUACGACAGCACUACUAACUUUUGCACCAAAAUUUACUAUAGCAGUUUGAAUAAAACCAAUAGUAGGCACUGGGGUUAUUUUUUCUACCUCCUUGGCUAUUGAGCAAAAUCAUUGGGGAGAUUAGCCGCUUUAUAAACAAAUAUAAUUUUUUUUAGUGAAUGCUUUUAAUAUAAUCAUGUUAAUGAAAUCACAGGCCAAAUCGUAUUAUAUUUAAAACAUAAAUUUUAAUAAUUAAUUGAGUUUUUUUGGAAUAUCUCCAAGUGGGAAUUAAGCAAGCUAACAACGGAUUAUUUAAAAAAUCGAUUAGUCUUGAACUAAUAAGCAAAUAUCCAUCUCUUACUUUGACUCUAAAAGACUCAUCCACAAUUACUUAUACAAGCUCUAAUCCCUCAUUAGAGGCUACCCUUUCUCAAUGAAAUUUUAUAUCAGCAAUUUCCAGUGGCUUCAUGCCAUUUGAUCGGGAAUUUUUGCGAGUGAGAUAUUUCCUGGGAAAAUUUGGUCAAAAUUUUUCCUAUGAGGCAUUUGUUUGGAAGAAACCGUCAUUUUUCGAUCAAAUAUCUCAUAGGAAAAAUUUAGAUCAAUGUCUCAGAGAAAUGUCUCAUAUUAAAAGUCUAUGAACCAUUUCCAGCAUAAGCUCUACUCCUCAACAAACUAUAACUUUAUCUCUAAAUGGAGCAAGUGAUGUGUCAAGCGAUUUAGCACCAAGUUGACUGAAUGAUUUAGUCUCCCCUUUAAAUUGGAAGAAAAUUUCAGUAGAUUUGCUUCUUUUCGGCACUUUACCCCCUUUGAAUUAUUUUCAAUAGGAAAAUUUUAACGAUGAAAGUACCAUUUUUAUAAAAUUAGUUUGAUCAAUUUAAUAGAUUAAGAUUAAGAUUAAGAUUACGCUGGGUAUUUAAGGUCCCUACUACGUCCGAGGUCGCAUGCCACGGUUUCCCGUGUGGUGGCAGAGCGUUCACCAAGCCCGGGCCGAAACCCCCGGUUUUCUCGGUAGAGGUAUUGUCAAGGGCCGUCUCAUACCGGCUUUGCUGACCACCUCCAUUUCCAACUUGGAUCGUCGCCUAAGUUUACGCCAACUCCGCUUCGUCGUCCGCCAGAUCUGCCCAUUGAAGGGCACCUUUUCAACUGGAGAGACCCCCGUCUCAAUGUCUAACUCGCCUCCCCUCUUUUCCGGUCAUCCCGAGAAAGAACUCAACAGCUUUCGCCAUUCGGGGCGAGCCACUAAAGCAGCUUAGGCAGGUAAUUCACCCUGCCUCAUUUCGGGCACUCACUGGGCUGAGCGCUGCUGGCAAAAAGAAGUCACGAAUAACUGCCCAUGGGUCUGGUCGCAAAAACAGCGGCUCUCGCGCUUAGGCCUCUCGCUUCGAGGUCCCAGACGUUGUUGGGCUAAUUCCUGGCUCCAAAAACCAUGCCCGGAUAUACAUGGGUAACCACCACUGAGAGGGUGGGUCGGUCGCCAUACGCCAUUUUAUGUAUAUUCAAUUUAAUAGAUAAAAUGCAUGUAGAAUGAUAUUCAAAAAGUUUCUAACACCGAAUCUAUUUAUUUUUUAAUUUAAUUUUUACCUAUUUUAAUAGAAAAGUAAAAAUAGAAUGCUAUUUAAACAAUUUUAUACUGAACCGAUUAAAUUUUUUUAUUAUUAUUUUUCAUAAAUUAUAUUAAAAUUUCUCAAUUUAUAAAUUUUUAAAAAUUUUAAAAAAAAAAUUUAUUGAGAGGAUUUUUUCCAGUUUAGAGCGGGAGGUAGAAAAAAUUCAUUUUUAAUAGCAAUUGGGGCAUGCCAUUCAAGCCCUACAUCUUUAGUGUCAUUUUUUACUGGAUUUUUAUGGGAUCUAAAAAUCUAUAACCAUUUAUAAUAAUAAGAAAUUUUACUACCGUUUCCUAUUCAUUAUGUUAAAUAGAGACAUUGCCCAUUAGCAAGUUUUAUACAUUUUAAAGAAUAUAUAAUACACCAAUAGCAUUAGGUAGUUUAGCUUCAAGUUCUUGUAAUUCAUGCUCUCUCUGCCCUAUUGAUAAUAGCAAUGCUUGUAUUGAUAAUUGUGGUUUGGACAAAUACUUUGAUGGCAGCAUCUGUGUAGCUUGUUUACCUGGAUGCUCUGCAAAUGGCUGCGUAAGAAGUGAUAAAAGCUGCAACUUAUGUAAAGACGUUAUCUGCAAAGUAUGUGACGACUAUACAAAUACGUGCAUUACUUGCAAAACAAACGCAAAUUUAGUAGGCACAAACUGCCAAUGCAAUUCUGGGUAUUAUUGGAACACUAUUAAUGAAGACUGCGAAUUAUGUGAUAUUUCUUGCAAAACCUGCACAUCUUCUAGCUCUUUGGACUGCUUAUCCUGUGCAGAUGGAUAUUAUAGUUCUUUAGGAGUUUGUAAAGCUGGGUGUCCUGUAGGAUAUUCUUCUUCUCCAAGUGGAUGUGUGCUGGCCAAAGAAAAUUUUUUUGACUUAGACCUUAAUACUCUGAAUGGAGUCAUUUAUGAUAGAGCAAGCUCAAUCCCAGUCAUAACUGGGUCAUCUGAACAAUUUUAUCCAGAUUAUGAAGCUGAUGAUCCUAUCCCUGCUUAUUUAAGAGGGUUUUAUUUUAAUGGGCAAUCUUCAGUUUUAAGGCUGCCUGAGUAUUCGACCUAUACAUCUCCAAAUCUUCUAAUUGGGACUGCCUUCACAAUUUCUAUAUGAAUUAAUACAGAAAUUUCUUCCUCUGCUCUGUUAUCGAAACAUGAUAUUACUAACAAUUUUUCAGUGCUUUACUCAAUCCUGUUAAUAGGCAGUAAGCCAGCAAUUUCAUUGAUUAUAAGUUCAUCUCCUUUCAUAUACCAGUCUCAAGCCUUGCUUAGAUUAGAUUAGAUAAUGAUGGGUAGUCACCACUUCUCACUGAUAGCAUUCUGUGCGGCGCUAGUCGCCUAGCAUACUGCCAAAUUGAGUGGCUUUCACCCUGGUAACUUCAAGCCCAGGCCGAAACUCUUACUCUAGGUAGUGAAUUGCCCUAUUGUAUCAAAGACCUUCACUGGGCACCACCAUCUUGAAUUUGGUCCCUUCUACCACCCAUUUACUCCUCUCUGCCUAUCAUAUUGCUUCUGCUCCUGCUCGGAGCCCUUUAACUGAAUAGACUGUCUUGCUAUCUAGCAUGCGUUCCUUAUUUUCCAAUCCAUCCCUGAGGAAAAACUCAACUGUUUCCGUGAUCCGGAUAGGCCGCGAUAGCAGCUUGAGCAAGUUAUUCACCCUAAUCCAUUUCAGGUGCCUGCUGACUCGGUGAUGCUAGCAAUAAAAAGUCAAGUGUAACUGCUUAUUGGAUCAGGCCAUAAAUCAGCAGAUUUGUGCUUUAAUCCUUCGCUGCAGGACAUCAGAUAUUUCUGAACCAACUCAUGACUUCAAUGCCAUACCCUGAUAUAAGGAUCUCCCCAAUUUUCUAGUCUUUUAUCAUUUGUCAAUUUUUCUAGAUUUUUUAUAGGAAAAAAAAUUGUUUUAGGACCUCAUUUGUCCAAUUUUCUUACUCCCCCCCCCCAAUCCUUGAUCGAACGAUUGACUGUAAAAAUUCCUAAAAAUUGGGGAAAUUAACCCCCAUCCUUGAUCGAACGAUUUUCAUAUCAUGCAACUUUAUAUAUAUAAAAAUAUAUUAGUUAUCAAAAGCUUGGGAAGAUGCACCUAAUGAAGUUGUUUCAGGGACUUUGAGACGACAGAAAGCUUCGAAAUCAACUAUCCGAAGUGAUUUAGUCAUCAAUCUAGGCUUAAAAAAAUUAAUAAUCUAAUAAAAUAGAGAUCUUUAAAAUUUUAAAAAAAAAAUUUAAUUUAAUAAGGAACAAAUUAAAAUUUAUACAGUUUAAAGGGGUGACUAAUAAAUCAAAAUAUUAAAAAUUGGUACUUUUAUGAAAUUAAUUCAAUUUUUUGCUCUAAAAAAUAAUUAUUAAAUACCCUUAACCCUCUUAUUUAAAAGUAAAUAAAAAAAAUAUAUAUAUAUAUUUUUUAUUUUAUAUAUAAAAUUUUUUUUCCCAAAAAAAUUUUUUUUAACCCCCAUCCUUGAUCGAACGAUGGCGAGUCGUUCGAUCAAGGAUGGGGGGGGGAGUUAACAAAAUUUUUGAUAGAAAAAAAAUUUUUCAGCACCUCAAUUGUCUCAUUUUCUUGUUUUUUUUAAAGUAAAAAAACUAAAAUUUAGGACAUUCGAAAAAAUCCAAAAAAUACUAGAAAAUGGGACAAAUCAUUUUUGACUAGAUUUUUGGACAUAUGAGAUCCUGAAAAUUAUUUUAUCUUAUAAAAAAACGACUAGAAAAUUGGACAAAUGAGGGGGGAUCCUUAUGUGCACCAUCACACUAGAGGACAGGUCAGAUGUCAUCACCAUUUUAUGUAUAUGCCAAGCCUUGAUUAAUAAUUAUGAAUGAAGCCAUAUUGUAUUUACACUAGAACCAAAUAACGGCUAUAAUAUAAUGUCAAGCUAUAUAAAUGGGCGAUCUGAUUCCUCUUUGACUACAGGCUAUGGAGCAUUUACUGAUACGGUUUCUCACACUACAAUUACUAUAGGAGCCCAACUUAGCUCACAAGGACUUUAUAAUUAUUAUCAAGGCUUUAUUUAUAGUAUUCAGAUGUUUAACAUAAUAAAACCAAUAUCAAGCCUGUCUACUAAAUUGUGUAAUGAAAACUGCAAUGUUUGCCCAACAAACCAAAUCUGCAUCCCAAACUGUAAAAUAUAUGAAUAUUGGAGUGGGCCUGCUUAUAAUAAAUGUUAUAAUUGCAAUAUAAAAUGCAAAAAGUCUUGCAGGGACUGACGAGACACCUGCUCACUCUGCAAUAAUUUAUUAUGUGAAGACUGUAUUGGAUAUUCAUUAAUAGAAUGCGUGACUUGCAAAGAAAAUGCUAUAAACCCUGACUCAUGCAUCUGCGAUGAUUAGAUUAGAUUAGAUUAGUGGCAUAGUUUAAAGACGGCCGAGGAUUUUCACCUCUACAAAUUCGUCAUCACAAUACAGGGCCCCGACUAUCACCGUCUGCCUUGCUUAGGCUCGUCUACCUGGCUUGCUCCCGGGGCGUUCGUUCGCUUUCGGCUGGAGUCUGGGGCGUAGCUCCCAGUUUCAGGCUAUGCACUUGCUGUUUUCAGAGUCCCUAAUUGGAGUAGGGACAAUGGCCGACUGUGCUCUUUCUAACUCAAUGUUAGGAAGAAAAGCCCAAUGUCCCAGGUAUCAUACCCUGUGGCACGAGGAAAACCUCUGCCGGUAUGCCGAACCUGUGUCUCGACUUGGUUCCAUCACCUAUGCAUCCCCUGCAGAUUUUGAGCAAAUUGCGUCAAGAGGUUGGGUGUUCGCUUCAGCCAUAUUAAUGUAUAGUGCAUCUGCGAUGAUAAUCAUGUGCUAGGAACUCCAAAUAACACCACUUGUAUUACUAUAGCACAAGGCGGGUUUAGAGGUCCUGAUGGAGUCUUUUAUCCCUGUCCAAACCUCUGCGCUCUUUGUGAAUCUGUUACAAAAUGCACAGCUUGUGUAGAAAAUGCUAGCCUCAAAACAGAUAUCUGCUAUUGCAAUCUAGGCUACAAUGGUAUCAAAGCGUGUAUAUUGGUUCCUUUUUCAGCCAAACUUGCAGUUCUCUCUGAUAAUUCCCUCUCCCUUGCCUUUUCAGAAAGCCUAGCCAAAGAUCUUAGAGUCUAUGAUUUUAUAGUAGUAAUUGAAAAGCAAGGAGAAAUUGCAUGUAAAAUUGAGCAAGUAAAUAGUACCUUUUAUUAUAUUUCUCUGAACAUAAAAGAGAAAAUUUCUAAAGGCACAUUAGCUAAAUUGACGUUUUUAGAUCUAAAAGAAGUAAAAUCAGUGUCUAAUGGCAUCUUAAAAUCAUCAGAUUAUUCUGUGGUUUUGAAUUCUUAUGAUCCUGAUCCGUAUUCCUCAGAUAUUGCAGCAACUACAUCACAAGCAACGGCAAUAACGCAAACUACAGUUGCUGCAGCUCUUGCAUCAUCAUUUAUAAGCCCAAAUCCAAGCUCUUUAUGAAGCAUUAUGAAUACAUUGCAAAUUCUUAGCUAUUUGACUUUAUCUGGAAUUCCUUUUUCUAGCCAACUAAGAGCGUUUUUGAAUAAUCUGAACAGUUUUAACUUAUUUCCAAAUAUGUUUUCUUAUUUAAUAGAUGAACAAGAAGGAAAUACACCAUAUUCUCAAGCUCAGGAUUUUGGAUUUGAGACUGAUCUAAUUUUGAUAAAUCAAGGCAAUGAUUUUACAUUGAUAUUGACUUCUAUUGUAGCUCUACCAUUAGUUUUUUAUUUUUCGAGAUGUUCUCAGAGAUGGCUUGGUAAUAAGCUUACUCAUUACUUAUUUUUUUUAAUUAUUUUAUUUAUUUUAGUUGUCAGGUACUUUGAAUUAAAUAAUCAUAUCAAAAAUUAUAUAAAAGUAAUUAAAUCUAUAAAAUAUGCUUCAAAUUUAAUUAAAUUUUAUCAUAUUUAAAGGAUUAAAUAUUUUAGAGGAAAAAAUUUGAUGUUUCCUUAAAGGAGUCAGAAAAACUUUAAAAUCAUAUCAAUUUGCAUUUUAUUUGAGAUUUUGGAUUCAAUGCUAUCUUGAAUUAGGAGCUGCAGUUUGUAUAGGAAUUAUCGAAUUAAAGUUUACUAACGCAACACAAAUAAUCAAUUUUAUUAUCUGUGCAUCAGUCGGCAUAUUACUCAUUAUUACUCCAGGAUUAUUUUUUGCAUUUUCCUAUAAAAAUAAAAAUCGAAUCUUAUUACAUCAAAAAACAUUUUUUGCCUCUUUUGGCUCAUUAUUUUAUGAGUUUAGAACUGACCGAUUUCUCACAACCCAAUAUUACUUUGUAUUUUUUGUAAGGAGGGUUAUUUAUAUAGUAAACUUAAUCUAUUUAAGAAACUACCCAGAAACAGAAGUGACCAUUAAUAUUGUGCUUUCCUUAAUGACUAUCAUGCACCUAUUACUUUAUUCUCCUUUUAAAGACCAAAUAUUGCAAUUAAGCAACUUAGUGUCUGAAAUAUUAAUAUGUAUAAUAAUGGGCAGUACAGCUGCUUAUUUAUUUAAUCUUGAGCCAAAUGUGAUGUCUAAAAUUGAAAAUUGUAUUGUGAUUAUUAUUGUCAUAAUAAUAGGGGCUCAGUUGCUUGCUUCAAUAACUAUUUUUGUUAGGACUGUAUAUGAGUUUUUUAGAGUUAGGUUCAACACUGGAAAUAUUGAUAAAGCAAAAAUACUUCCGGCAGAUAGCUAA